AUAACCUAUGAAAUAUGAAAAAUACCAAAUAUGAAAAAUCAUUCUUGUGUAGUUACUCACGGUCAUCAUACCGAUAUUGCUUUGAAGAUUUAUAGUAAUCGCAUAUUAUUAAUCAUAACACAUUUUAAAAAAUUUGGAUCACUAAUAGCCAUAAGCCGUGGAUCUUCAUUCAAUCAGUAUAAUAAUAGUACAUAUUCUACUAAAGUAUUGUUUGGGAAAGAUGAUGUUGAACUUGUGGCAGCUGCUCGAUAUAUAGCAGAGCAAAUUAACGUAGAUAAACCAUUAUUAAUUUCAAUAUCCUUAAAGGAUUAUGAACCAGAUACUUUAAAACCUAUAGUUGCAGCUAUAAAUGAUAUGAAAGAGUAAGAACCAAAUAUGAGUUUAAUAUUUGGUCAAUUAGUUAUUGGUCCACCUGGGAGUGGAAAAACUACAUAUUGUUAUGCUAUGACCAAAUUUUUGGAGAAGCUUGGGAGAAAAGUGGCUGUUAUUAAUAUUGAUCCUGCAAAUGAAAACAUGCAAUAUACACCAACAGUAGACAUAUCUGAAUUAAUUAAACAUGAGGAAGUAAUGUCACACUAUGGACUUGGUCCAAAUGGAGCACUGGUGUAUUGCAUGGAAUUUUUAGAAGCUAACAUAAAAUGGUUAAUUACAAAAGUUUUAAAUUUGAAAGAUCAUUAUCUUAUAUUUGAUUGUCCAGGGCAGGUUGAGUUAUAUACACAUCACAAUUCAGUUAGUGUAAUUGCCGAAAAAUUAGGACAAAAUUUAGUAAGAUUAUGCAGUGUACACCUUGUUGAUUCUCAUCAUUGCAGCGAUGCUGGUAAAUACUUAUCUUCUUUAAUUCUUUGCACAACAACUAUGUUAAAAUUAGGUUUACCUCAUGUUAAUGUGAUGACCAAAUUUGAUGAAAUGAAAAAAUUUAGUCACUGCCUAGAUUUUAAUAUAGAUUUUUAUACAGAAGUGUUGGAUUUGAACUAUUUGCUAGAUAAAUUGGAUGAAGGCCCUUUUACGUCAAAAUACAAAAAAUUAAAUGCAGCAUUUGUAUCACUCAUAGAGAAUUAUAGUCUUGUUAGCUUUAUACCAUUAGAUAUUUCUAAUCAAACAUUGUUAUUACAAGUAAAAAAUGCAGUGGAUAAGGCUAAUGGUUAUAUUUUUGGUGGUAACGAACCUCAAGAUGUUCAAACUUUACUUGCUUGUGCUAUAGGAGCAAUGAGUGAAACUGAAAAAAUGUCUACAAUAGAUGCUUAUUUUUAAAGAA